GAUCUAACAGCUGUCAAUUGUCUCUCGGUCGUCCACACGUGCGUACGCGUCUGGCUGCAAAAGCGCCAGCAGUAAGAUCUGUUCCCCAGCUCGACGGGCUGGAACAAUUUGUUUCCAAUAGUGUGAGUGGGUGUGCGUGUGUGUGUGCAUGAAUCUUUUCUAAUCCACUAUCGAAAAAAUAAAAUCCAAUCCCAGUUGGCGGUCAUUAGUGUCGUACGACUACCAGCCAGUUGUUAAGCGUGUUUAAGUUUGGCGCAUUAUUGCAGUGAACACUACAUUGAAGAGUUUCUAAAAUCUCUCACGAAAAUAAAUAAACAGCAGUGAGCCGCUGUUUUGGUUAGUGAGCAAGUGUUUUUCGUAUCAUUUCGUUCAACACGGCACUUGUGGACUUUUGAACAACAAUGCCUGCAGAAAAGCGUACCAGUCAACCACGGAUCGUGCGAACGUACGAGUUCCCGACGAAGCCAGAAAAGCAAACGCUCGGACAGUAUCUCUACAAUUCGCAGGAUGGCAAAAUUCUUGGCCGGACGGCCAAAAACUGGGCGCAACUUAUGCUGUUCUAUGCCUGCUUCUACAUUGUGCUGGCGGCACUCUUUGCCAUAUGCAUGCAGGGACUUCUGGUCACGUUAAACCAUCAGCACCCGAAAUGGCAGCUGGAUGAGUCUCGUAUCGGUACCAACCCCGGUGUCAGUUAUCGUCCCCAGCCGGAAGAUGCAGAAGGUCCCAACUCUAUUCAGUAUAUAGCGGCCAACAAAACGGACGUUACGGGGUGGGUCAACUUGAUCAACGAAUUUCUUGCACCUUACGCGGACCAUACACUACUACCCGGCGGUGGCAAGAAUCAGGUGAUCUGUGAUUUCAACACACCACCAUCGAGCGGAAAUGUGUGUGCGUUUGAUGUGAAGAAUCUUGGCGCUUGCACGGCAUCGUCAGGAUACGGAUACAGCCGUUCGGCGCCCUGCAUUUUCAUUAAGCUCAACCGAAUUUAUGGCUGGCAACCCGAAUUCUAUGAAGAUGUGGAUGAUCUUCCCACCGACAUGCCCGAUAAUCUGGUAUCGCACAUUCGUUCGCUUUCUCCACCCGAACGUCGCCAGGUGUGGCUAUCGUGCAAGGAACUAACCAACAGCGACGAAGACCUGCUCGGACCGAUCGAAUAUAUGCCGAGCCAAGGUUUCCCAGCGUACUACUACCCGUACAUGAACGUCGAAGGCUAUCUGAGCCCACUGGUGGCGGUACAUCUUGCCAGACCAAAGCCAAAAACGACCAUCAACAUCGAGUGUCGUGCCUGGGCGAAAAAUAUUGUGUUCCGUGGGGGAAGCCGCGAUCGAACGGGUUCGGUGCAGAUAUCGCUGCGUAUCGAUUAGAUAGCGAUGCGGUUGAAUCCCAACGAGCAUGGCAUUGGGAGGACAUAACGCGAAACAUCAGUACCUUCCCCUAUGUGACAAUGUCGAAUGUCGUUGUUGUUGGAUUGUUUUUUUUUUUUGCUUUGAUUCGUGAUUCAGAGCGUUGGAUCAAAAUCAAACAACCGGAUGAUGAUUCUGUUGAACGGCAUAAUAUGAAAUUAAAUCGAUCGCACAAGAAGCAUACAACAGACAAAACAAUCAUCCGCCAACCAUCCGUGCUAUGAACGAGUUUACUUAAACGUUUUAGUCAAGUGAGAUAAUAAAAGUAAAAUAUGGAAAUAAA